GGAAUAUCUAUCAGGGAAUUCGGGCCCCUACGUGAGAAGCUCGCAGCGGGUGGUUGCAGGAGUUCCCUGAGGAGAGGGGAUCCUCCGUGACUCGGACCCCCAUCGAAAAGCUCUCGAUUUCACGCAACCAACCUUACCCUCGUCCCCAACAAAAUCCUUGAUUUUAGCCCUGGGAAAAUUAGCGUAGGUGGUCAUGACCCCAGGUUCUUCUUUAAAAGCCCUCAGAACCUGGACCGGGCUCCUCAACGAACCCCAGUGUUAGAAGCCACAAGUCAGGAAUCAAGGUCGGGGAGCGGCUCUUUAGGGUGCAUCACUGUUCAGGAUGCACCGGGGCUCCUUUUUCUAAGCAGAAGGGUGCGCCCCGCAAAUUGGGAGCCCGUUAGUUUUGGGGAAGGGUGAACAAGGGCCCCCUGGGUCAGGAGGACCGCAUGGAGUCUUGCUUAAGUCUUAGUACGGACCCCAGGUUUAGGAAUUCGGAAUGUGUUUUGCGUUCUCCUGCUCUCGGUUUGGGGUGAGAGCAGCCUUCCUAACGGUCUUCGGGAACUGUGCGCGCCGGCUGCAAUGGGGCCACAUUUUACCCUCCUGUGUGCGGCGCUGGCCGGUUGCUUGCUUCCUGCCGAGGAGUGUGUUAUAUGUGACCCGUCUGUCGUGCUGGCGCUAAAGUCCCUGGAGAAAGAUUAUCUGCCUGGCCAUCUGGACGCGAAGCAUCACAAAGCCAUGAUGGAAAGGGUAGAGAAAGCUGUGAAGGAUUUCCAGGAACUGUCGCUUAAUGAGGAUACCUAUAUGGGGGUCGUUGACGAGGCCACACUGCAAAAGGGGUCCUGGAGUUUGCUGAAGGAUCUGAAACGCAUCACAGACAGUGAUGUAAAAGGUGAUCUCUUCGUGAAGGAGCUAUUUUGGAUGUUGCACUUGCAAAAGGAAACCUUUGCCACCUAUGUUGCUCGAUUCCAAAAAGAGGCUUAUUGUCCCAACAAAUGUGGUGUGAUGUUGCAAACUCUGAUCUGGUGCAAGAACUGCAAAAAGGAGGUUCACGCUUGUCGAAAGUCCUACGAUUGCGGGGAGCGCAGUGUGGAGGUUCCUCAAAUGGAAGAUAUGAUCCUGGACUGUGAGUUAAACUGGCAUCAGGCUUCUGAAGGCCUCACUGAUUACAGCUUUUACAGGGUUUGGGGGAACAAUACGGAGACCUUGGUGUCCAAGGGGAAAGAGCCCACCCUGACCAAGUCCAUGGUGGGUCCAGAGGAUGCAGGCAGCUACCGCUGCGAGCUGGGCUCUGUGAAUUCCAGCCCAGCCACGGUCAUCAAUUUUCGCGUCACAGUGUUGCCCAAAAGGGUCGAGGAGGAAAAACCGUCCCCAAAUAUCGUAACCCCGGGGGAGGCGACCACGGAGUCGUCCAAUACCCUCCAGCCUCUGAAGCCCGAGAAAAUGCUGAAAGGCCGCCUUCUGGGGCUGCUGAUCUGGGGCUCCCUAGCACUGAUAACCGGCAUUACCUUUGCGAUAUUUUGUCGAAGGAAGGUGAUCGAUUUCAUCAAGUCCUCACUGUUUGGCCUUGGCAGUGGAGUGGUCGAGCAACCCCAGGUCCCAAAAGAAAAAGCCACAGAUUCGAGGCACCAAUAAAGAUUUAUCUUGUUGUC